ACAUUGCUGGCUCUACUUUAUCUUCCUGAACCUCGUUUGCAUGAAUUGAAGUGCCGGGCAUCCGCAUGCAUCUAUUACGGUGCAGUCCAAAACCGCGGAUUAACAAAACGGUCUCGGCUUCUGUCAACCUGGACAAGCGCCUUCUCACGGAUUGGAAACGUACGGCUCCUCAACGUGCAUCACUGGUCUUCGUCCACCUAAGCUAGACUUCUUGACGUUGGCGCCCCUGUGAGGAUGUGCACAGCACGGUUUGCUCACAAUCCAUUGUGGGAGCUGCUGUUGCCUUUCUUCCGAGAUUCGGGGUAUCAUCCCAGGAGGCGUACCUCCCGAAAUGCCGGGAGAAGAGAACAGAAGACAAAUGAUAUCGACCUCAACGUGGAUUCCCUGGUUAUUCUUCUAAGCCAUUUGUAGGAAGACGGACUCUUCCUUUGCCUCGUCCCACUUCUCGGCACCGCUAUUGGUAUCCGCGAUGAUUUUCACGCCGUCCCUAAACUCUGGACCGUUACGGGUACUUUCGCGUGCGGUUAGUCUAAACUGGGACGCCAGAAGCGCGUGGAAAUCCGCUCAACUGGCUGGGUCCGAGUUUGAGACUGAACUUUCACCCCCAAGGCCGCCUGAAUCGGUCGUCGUGUUCGAAUCUCCAUGCCUCCAUGCCUAGCUGCGGAGUUCAGUCCUCACCCGUCUUGUGGAGGACCUACAAGGCAUGGACAGAAAGAUGCAGCACAUCUCGAGGAGUUCUGAUUGACAAAACUUCCGAACCCAAAAUCGACGAGGUAGCGAUCAUAUUUGCGAAGAAUCAAGCAGGCCCUAUCUCUCGUCCAUUUACGCCUGUGACAGAAGUUCUUGUAUAUCCUUGAG